AUGUCUAACAAAGCAGCUCAAACCAUUAAAAAACACGGGAUUGAUUGGGAGAAAGUUGCCCUGGGAAUUAUUACCGAUGCUGGCCAGGCCAAAAGCUCGGCCAUGGAAGCGAUCCAAGCGGCCAAAAGAGGUGAUUUUGACACGGCCAAAACUAAGCUUGACGAGGCUCACCAACAUUCGGCCGACGCCAGCAAAUGGCAUUUUGACGUCAUCAAAGCCGAGGCUAACGGCGAAAAACUAGCCUACCGGGUUUUGUUCAUUCACGCCGAGGACCAACUUUUAGCGAGCCAAACGGUGAUUUUGCUCGUUCAGGAAAUGGUUGAUCUUUACCGCCGUCUGGCGCCUAGAAAGUAA